CCCACAGGCAGGAACUGUGGGUCAUACUGGAGUGUCUCUAACAAGACAUUUGCAGAACUAUCUGGCUCUCUGCCUGUUUUGCAGCAUCUUCUCUCAGGUGAUCCAUCCAUCUCUGCAGAAACAACAUGAGCAUACGGAAACUGAGUUUAAAGUGGUUCGGCAGCCUCACCAACCUCUCUUUUCGCCGAUCCACUGAGAAGUCUGACUCCAAGUCCUCUCGAUUGAAGUCUGAGGCUGGAGUAGGGAAUGCACCUGCUGAUGGCAGUGACUGUGGCACUGCCUCUAUAACGACCCUGACUCCGGUUGCUGAAACAACAGUGGACGACAUGGUCACCAUGCGUCCUCGCACAGAGAGCUAUGUCCGCUCCAGUGAAAACUACACACACAUGGGCACGCUGCCACGACUACUGAUGAAGAAGAAAGAGAAGAGUAACAAAGGUCCCAAAAGCAGUAAGAAGAGUGAAGACCAUAGCAGCAACAGCAGAAGACCAAGUCAGCAGCCUGCAGGCGACAAAGACUGUGGGUCCCCGGAGCUCACAGCCUCAUCCAAAGUGGCUGAGGAUACAGCUGUAGUUAAAACUGACACUGGGCUCACACAAGACUCUCUAACUGACCCCAAGGCCCAGCCUGAACCAACGGGUGAACACAACAUUACAAACAACCAAAACACCGCCUCUGGACCCACAUCUGCCUGUGAAGGUGUGUCACCAUCUGGUGGCUCAUGCUCUGCACUCCAACCAGAGACAUGUGUUAAAGAAGGAAUCACCAGUGGAGGUAUAGAACUAAACCCUGAAGAGAUUUCACCUCCUCCAUUCAGCCAUGGGACCGGUCAGACUGAUCAGACCGAUCAGACCGAUCAGACCGAUCAGGCUCAUGAGGAUGAUGGGUUAAAGUCUGAGCUUGUAUCUAAACCAGGAGUAGCAGACAGCAGAGAGCUGACGGAAGGAGCAGACACAGGGAACCAAAGCUCUGACAGCAUUUAUAGCCACAUGGAGCCAGCUGAGGGCCAGGCUGAAUGCAUCCAGUUCUCCAAAGAGAAGUACCUGCUGGAGUCUCCGCCCGAGAAACUUCGUAAGGAGCUGGAGGAGGAGCUGAAACUGAGCCCUGCUGACAUCAGGAGCCAUGGCUGGUACCAUGGACACAUACCCAGAGAGGUGUCAGAGACUCUGGUUUUGCGUAAUGGAGAUUUCCUCGUGCGUGAUUCUCUGACCAAUGUGGGGGACUACGUCAUGACCUGUCGAUGGGAUAAUGAGGUGCUGCACUUCAAGAUCAGCAAAGUCCUGGUCAAAUCCAAUGAGACCAAGGUGCAGUAUAUGUUGGAGUCUGAUAGUUUUGACUCAGUCCAGGAGCUUGUGCGGUUCUAUGUUGGCCAGCGUAAACCGGUAUCCCAGUCCAGUGGGAUCCAUAUCUACUGUCCAGUCAGCAGGACUCUCCCCCUGCGCUACCUGGAGGCCACUUUCGCCCUGUCCAACAGUAAGCAAGGCUCCACCUACUCACCGUCCAGCCAGAGGGGAGCGCACAUCAAGAGAAGGAGUGUCACCAUGACCGACGGACUGACCACUGAGAAGAUGAUACCUCACAGUGACUCAGACAGUCCCAGUCCAAUUGAGACACCAGAGGCACCACCAGAACCCAAGCCGGAACCUGUGAACAACUGCAGCCCGUCAACAAUCCACCAUCAUAAAGAUGUGAUGCGGAACUGUGCAAUGAGCAUGGACCAGAUUCAGGAGUAUCGCUGCCCCUUGUCACCUGUUGGGGAAACCCCAACUCCUGCAUAUACUGCUAUGACCAGACUCAGAACCCACUCAGGUGGGCGGGCCCUGGCUGUCGUCCCACCCUCCCCUGUGAUACGCCGUUCCAGUGACCCUCAGCUCAGCCCCUCAGACAGUACCAACCCUCCAGACCAUCCUGCACAUGCCUCUCAUUCUGCACACUCCUCACCCGCCCAUCAUCCCAGCUAUCAGUUACAUUCCUCAGAAACUGCUGGAAGCUACUGUGAUCUCAGACCUUGUCCCGCUGGGCCCCCCAAACCCCCAACUAAGAGCUACGUGGAGCGAUUGCGAGUUGAAGAAGAGAAAGAGGAGGGAGAAAGGGAGGAAGAAGGGGGGAUAUUCAGUGCCCCACAGGUGGAAACAGCAUCCUCACUCAGGCCAUCCAGGUAUGUGUCUUGCCUGCUACCAGCUGAGAAUAAGCCUCUGGAGAUGUUGGUCCUGAAAAGGGUCAAAGAGCUUCUGGCUGAGGUGGAUGCAAGGACCGCAGCUAAACACAUCACCCUGGUGGAUUGCACGGUUGCUAGAAUAUUGGGUGUGACCUCAGAGAUGCAAAGGAUGAUGGGAGUGUCCUCAGGGCUGGAGUUACUGACACUUCCGCAUGGACAUCAGCUGAGACUUGACCUACUGGAGAGGUUCUACACCAUGUCUAUCAUGAUGGCAGUGGACCUGCUCGGGUGCACAGGAAGCACAGAGGAGAGGGCGGCCUUGCUCCAUAAGACUAUUCAAUUAGCAGCAGAGUUGAAAAGCAACCUGGGCAACAUGUUUGGCUUUGCUGCUGUGAUGAGAGCCCUGGAGCUGCCGCAGAUUUCCCGCCUGGAGCAGACAUGGGUGACAUUACGGCAGAGACACACAGAAGGUGCUAUUCUAUAUGAGAAGAACCUCAAACCUUUCAUAAAAAAUAUGAACGAUGGCAAAGAGUCCAGUGUCCUCUCCAACACCUCCUUCCCACACAUCAUUCCUGUCCUGUCCUUACUGGAGCGAGGCAUGGCUCUCGGGGAGGUGCCGGAGCCGUGGGAGAGCGCAGAGGUGGGAGUUGACGUGGUCAUGUACCACCUAGAGGCGGCUCGUACCAUCGCAUAUCACGGGGGGAUCUUCAGAACUAAUGCUGAGACCAAACUGCAGGGAUUCCAGGAGCAUGCAGAAAUACAUGAGAUCUUCCAGACGGAGUUUCAGAUGCGUCUCCUGUGGGGCAGCCGUGGCUCUGAGGGCAGCCAAGCAGAGCGUUACGAGAAGUUUGAUAAGGUCCUCACCGCCCUAUCACACAAACUAGAGCCUCCUGUGCGCCACAGUGAGCUAUAGCACCUGUCCAACCUGAAAAAGAAAAAAAAAAAACUAACAUCUGCACUCACCACUCACUGUGGUAUGGUCUUGUUUUGUAUUGCAAAGAGUGAUGUGGAAGAAUCCAGCAUGAACACAGGGAGGGGUAAGAGUGAAUGAAGAGGCAGCUAAAAAAGAAUGUCCAGCGAGCACCAGGAAUACAGAAGAAAGGUUUGCUCACUGAAAACAUGCAACACUCACUAUGGACUCCAGUAAUUACAUUGAGCUUCUUCUGUUUGUCCCUGUGGACUUCCUCUCUUAGCACUAAAAUAUUAUAAUGACAGCAGAGAGGAGACAAGCUGAGUGGAAAGAAAGAUGUGGGAGACAGGUGACCAGUUUUUCUGCUUGGUACAAACAGUAACAUGUGUACAGCAUCCCCCGAGGGCCAAACAAAGCUGCAGAGUUUGGCUUUGCUCCAAUAAAAUACAGACACUCUCUUGUUUCUGUCACACACUGUAGCAAAAA